UUGAGUUUAGAGGUCAGCCACGCUGACAAGCUGCUGCUGCUGCUGCUGCUGCUGCUGCCGAACGAAGGUGACCAGAGUGUGUACGCUUUAAUCCAAUCAGAUGUCUGCAGAGAGGAGGAGGAGUGAGAGGGUGAGGGGGUGAGAGGGUGAGUCCUGUUCCUGGAAUCAAACCCUUCACAUCAAAGGCCUCGUGAAAGUGUUUUCCCACGUUUACUUCCUGCUUUUAUUCAUUUGUUUGUCUUUAUUUACUUCAUGGAUUGUAAAGUAAAAGUAUUCCGUGAUCCUGGUUUAUUGAUUGAUUUUUUAAGCUCAAUAACUUCAGUUCACGUGAUCAGUUUCCGCGGUUAAUUGCUUAAUUUAGCAUAUUAUCAUCAACUCAUAUUUGACGAUAUCGAUAUUAAGCCAAUGUUCUUUUAAAAUGUGGUUUUAAUUGUCUGAGUGAAUGAUAACUCGUUAAUCGUUAGUUAAGGAAACAACUCGGACAAAGGAUUGCCUUUAAACUUAACGAUUCAAGUAGUAAUAUUCAAAGGCAAAAAAUGCUGUAUGUGAGAACUUUAAAACGCUGUUAGAAGGUUUACGAUGUCAUUGAAUGCAACACGCGUCACAUGACACAUGAAUAUUCAUCGAGUUUUAGUUGUGAUUUCAUGAUUGAGGCUGUUUUGAGUCAAAUUUAACCCGUGUUUACGUCUGACAGCAGUAAAAAUAGCAUCAAUGUCAUUAUUUUAGGCUGAAAGUGACCAAAAAACACACAGAACAAUGUAAGACAUGGCUUUCAGGUUCACACUCUUCUUUUGGACGACACACCUGAAUGAAGAAGCUCCGCCCCCCUGAAGAAGCGCUGACCUCAUGCUUUGUAAUCUCUUAAUCUGCUGUGCGCUGCCACAGAGAGUUAAUCUCAUCUCUCUGGGAACAUCAACAGCUAACACUGUUAUAUAACAAGAGUCAAAAGAUCACAUGAAACAAAACGUCUCGUGUGACACCAUGAAUCAUCCUCUCAUACGGCACACACACAUACACAUUCACUGUUGCAUGUUUUAGUUUUUGUCCUCGUGUCCUCUCGUCUUCUCGUCCACACUGACCUGACGUUGGACGAUUGAAGGGAUUGACACAGAGCUGAAUUGAGGUGGGAUUACAGCUCAUGACACCGCUUUAAUCCCUGGUUCCUUAUUGAGGAGAAGAGUCUGAAAGACGGGGCAGAGGUGAAGCGGUGAAGGAAGCUCACACUGUCUGUCCACUGGUCUCAUGUCUCACACGUGUGUGUGUGUCCGUCCCCUCCUCCUCGCUCCAUCCACCUGAGUCCUCGUCCGUCACUGUGCAGGACACAGAGGACAGAGACGCUGAGACUCUGACUCCAGCAUGUGAGAAGAGAACUCUUGUCUCUGUGUCCUCAUGAAGUUAAAUCUGUGGAUUUGAUUUGAUGAAGAGCAACAAUCUGGAAACUUGCAGCGAUGCCUGGAAGCCACUUCCAGUUGACCAACACAAAGCUGCGCCACAGCCUCUACAGCCUGACGGACAGCUCCGCCGCCGGCUCUGAGGACGAGGAGGCCGAGGCCCCGCCUCCGCUCAGCCCGCUGCAGAAGCUCACCAGCGACAUGUGCAAGGACGAGAAGACCAUCAAGGACCUGAUCAUCGGCCGCAGGGUCGGCUUCUACAAGGUGCGCGGGGAGAUCGGCUGCGGGGCUUUCUCCAGGGUCAAACUGGGCUUCCACGCUCUCACCAAAGACAAAGUGGCCGUGAAGGUCCUGGACAAGACCCGGCUGGACGCUCAGGCCCAGCGUCUGCUCUCCAGAGAGAUCAGCAGCAUGGAGUCCCUGCAGCAUCCCAACCUGGUGCGACUGUUCGAGGUGGUGGAGACGCCCAGCCGCCUCCACCUGGUGCUGGAGUACGCGGGAGGAGGCGACCUCCACGACAGGAUCUGCACCAAGGGCAAGUUUUCUGACAACACCAGCAAGGUCACGUUCGCGCAGAUCCUCUCCGCCAUCAAAUACAUGCACAACAACAACAUCAUCCACCGCGACCUGAAGGCGGAGAACGUCCUCUUCACCAGCCGCGGCUGUGUGAAGGUGGCUGAUUUCGGCUUCAGUACGCAGGUUUCAAACCUCAACAACGGCCUGGACACCUUCUGCGGGUCUCCGCCGUACGCCGCGCCAGAACUCUUCAAGGACGAGAGUUACCUGGGGCCGCCGGUGGACGUGUGGGCCAUGGGCGUGUUGCUCUUCUUCAUGACCACCGGCACCAUGCCAUUCCGCGCCGAAACCCUGGGCAAGCUGCGGCGCUGCAUCAUCAACGCCGCCUACACCGUGCCUCCCUGGGUUCCCGGGCCCUGCCAGAGGCUCGUGAAGGGAAUCCUGAAGCCGGAUCCCACCGACCGCUACGCCAUCGACCAGAUGCUGGGCUGUGAUUGGCUCUUACCGGUGGAGUUUCCCUGGUCACUGGUGCCGCACGAACCUGUGAGUCCUUUUCAGAGUCUGCUGGGCUCAGAGAGCUGGGACCUGGAGGAGGAGGAGGAGGAGGAGAUCAGGAGCUCGCUGGAGGAGCUCGGCUUUACCGCGGAACAUCUGCGCCACAACCAGCUGAAAGACAUCCGCUGCCCCGUCACCGGCGUCUACAGGAUCAUGGUGCACCGGGCGCAGAAGAGCCGGGGCUACGACUGUCCGCCUGUGGUCCGAGGGAUGGUCAGGGACCCGAAGAGGGAGGGGCUCCGGGCCUACAGAGGCCUCAGACACACCUCCAAGCUCUGUGUGCUGUCAUGAACAACCAGCGGUCUAAGAAGAUGCAGAACACAGACGACUGGAUUUUAACUCAUCCAAGAUGAUUCUUCAAUUCUGGAUGAUCUUAGUCUGACUAACGUCGGACCGUUAAUCUCAUUUGAGAUGGAGUUUAAGUCGGAGGAGGCGGAGCCAACGACCGAUCAGAGCAGUGCUUUUAGAUUGCUUUUUUUUUAUAUUUUACACUUGUGUACAAAUGUGACUGAAUAAAAGCCAACGACGUAAUAAGUCAUAAAAAAUGAACUUUGUGUUAUUUUAUCAUGCGCUUAAGUUCUUCAACUCAAGAACCUGGUGAGUUUGUCACGGAGCAAAAGCUCCUGAAGAAGUUCUUUUAUGUAUGAAUAUCCAGAAAAAUGCAGAUGUUAAUUCUUAUUUUUCAUAAAAAGUGAUUAAAAGUUGUAUUUUGUAACCUGC